AUGUUCCUCGUUCUGCUCCUGGGGCUCUACCUGGCCACAGGUGAACUUAUCUCCCCAGUGAGCUCCUGUCCGUCGCAGUGCAGCUGUUUCUACCACAACCUGAGUGAUGGAUCAAAGGCCAGGAGCGUGAUUUGCAAUGACCCCGACAUAUCUCUUGUGCCUGUCGGGUUCCCUGUUGACACGUCCAAGCUGCGGAUCGAGAAGACGGUCAUUCAGCGGAUACCAAGCGAAGCCUUUAACUACCUCUCCAGUCUGGAAUUCCUGUGGAUGUCUUUCAACACCCUGUCCGCCUUGAAUCCGGACAGUUUCCGGGGAUUGUUCAACCUGGAAGAGCUUCGCCUGGACGGGAACGCCCUCACCGCCUUUCCCUGGGAAUCUAUCAUGGACAUGCCCAGCCUCAGACUUCUCGAUUUGCACAACAACCAGCUCACCUCGCUGCCCGCGGAGGCCACCACUCACAUUAAGAACCUCACCUACCUGGACCUCUCCAGCAACAACCUGCUGACCCUGCCUGCAGAGGUGCUCUCCACCUGGCUGGCGGUGAAACCAGCGCAAGGACCAGAGAGCUCCAAGAUGAUACUUGGUAAGUGA